GGCCGGGGGAGGUGGUGAGGGAGCCGGGCCCAUCCUCUGCUGGCGGCGGCGGCGGCGGCACCAUGUACGGCUUCGUCAAUCACGCCCUGGAGCUGCUCGUCAUCCGCAACUACGGCCCGGCCGUCUGGGAGGACAUCAAGAAGGAGGCUCAGCUGGAUGAAGAGGGACAGUUUCUGGUCAGAAUAAUUUACGAUGAUUCCAAAACCUAUGACCUUGUUGCAGCUGCGAGCAAGGUCCUUAAUUUAAAUGCUGGGGAAAUUCUUCAAAUGUUUGGGAAGAUGUUUUUUGUGUUUUGUCAAGAAUCUGGUUAUGAUACAAUUCUACGUGUCUUGGGCUCAAAUGUCAGAGAGUUUUUGCAGAAUCUGGAUGCUUUGCAUGACCACCUCGCUACUAUUUACCCGGGUAUGCGAGCCCCUUCCUUCAGAUGCACUGAUGCAGAGAAGGGAAAGGGACUCAUUCUGCAUUACUAUUCAGAAAGAGAAGGUCUGCAGGAUAUUGUCAUUGGCAUCAUCAAAACAGUAGCUCAACAGAUCCAUGGUACAGAAAUAGACAUGAAGGUUAUUCAACAGAGAAAUGAGGAGUGUGACCACAUUCAAUUUUUAAUUGAAGAAAAAGAAUCUAAAGAAGAGGACUACUAUGAGGACCUUGACAGAUUUGAAGAAAAUGGUACCCAAGAGUCUCGCAUCAGUCCCUACACUUUCUGCAAGGCAUUUCCUUUCCACAUCAUAUUUGACAGAGACCUGGUGGUCACACAAUGUGGCAAUGCUAUAUACAGAGUCCUUCCACAGCUGCAGCCAGGAAAUUGCAGUCUGCUGUCAGUUUUCUCCUUGGUCCGGCCUCAUAUUGAUAUUAGCUUCCAUGGGAUCCUCUCCCAUAUCAAUACAGUCUUCGUACUGAGGACUAAGGAGGGGCUGUUGGAUGUGGAAAAGUUGGAGUGUGAAGAUGAACUGACUGGCACAGAAAUCAGCUGCUUACGCCUGAAAGGGCAAAUGAUCUACUUGCCUGAAGCAGACAGCAUUCUCUUUCUUUGUUCACCAAGUGUGAUGAACUUGGAUGAUUUAACCAGGAGAGGAUUAUAUCUGAGUGAUAUUCCAUUGCAUGAUGCUACCCGUGAUCUGGUUCUUCUGGGAGAGCAGUUCCGAGAGGAAUAUAAACUGACCCAGGAGCUUGAGAUCCUCACUGACAGACUGCAGCACACACUGCGUGCUCUGGAAGAUGAAAAGAAAAAGACAGACACGUUGCUGUACUCUGUUCUGCCACCAUCAGUGGCAAAUGAGCUGAGACACAAGCGUCCUGUUCCAGCCAAGCGCUACGACAACGUCACCAUUCUUUUCAGUGGCAUUGUGGGAUUCAAUGCCUUUUGCAGCAAACAUGCCUCUGGAGAGGGAGCCAUGAAAAUUGUCAAUCUUUUAAAUGAUCUUUACACAAGAUUUGAUAUUCUGACUGAUUCACGAAGGAAUCCAUUUGUUUAUAAGGUGGAAACAGUUGGGGACAAGUAUAUGACAGUGAGUGGUCUGCCAGAGCCUUGCAUGCAUCAUGCACGAUCUAUCUGCCACCUGGCUUUGGAUAUGAUGGAAAUAGCAGGCCAGGUUCAAGUAGAUGGUGAGCCUGUACAGAUAACCAUAGGAAUCCAUACUGGUGAGGUAGUCACAGGUGUCAUAGGUCAAAGGAUGCCACGGUACUGUCUCUUUGGAAAUACAGUCAAUCUUACAAGCAGAACAGAAACUACUGGAGAAAAGGGAAAGAUCAAUGUAUCUGAAUAUACUUACAGGUGUCUUAUGACACCAGAAAAUUCAGAUCCUCAGUUCCACCUGGAGUACAGAGGUCCAGUUUCUAUGAAGGGCAAAAAAGAGCCAAUGCAGGUUUGGUUUUUGUCCAGAAAGAGUACAGAGACAGAGAGGUUCAGCUGAAAUUUCUCUCUCAAGAAACAGAUUUAUUGUAAAAAAUAAACCUUGCCAAGAGCCUCAGAUGUAUGACUGCAAUUUUACUCCCUCUCCAGCUUUUAAUAUCUUUCUCUUCUGCCCUGUUCCCACAUUACUGGUGGGAACAAAUUGAAAUAUCUCAGGCAGAGCUGGUAGUUCACCAGGCCAUGUAGGAAUUGUUUCAUUCCUACAUAUAAUACAUAUGAAAGAAAUACAUGCACUAUCUAUACUUUUUGGUAUUUUUUUAGUUUUUACUAUUUACUGAUACUGGUUGCAAGUUGUAAAAUGUAUUUUGUCACUGCAUUAACCCAUCAUGUUGUUGCUUCAAAGAAAAUUCCUUACUUCUCAAAUUCUGCUUGCAUGCUCUCAAGGAAACAAAGCAAGAUGCUUUCUGAGCUGAGGGAAGAGGAAGAGGACGCUGAAUAGGGUGCAAUACUGUCUCCAAAUAGAGUGCCAGGCAGUAAGGUUAUGUUAUGGAUGUUCUUUCACAUUGUAUCUCCCACUGCCAUGUGCAAUACCAUUGUCUUUUGCCCUACUGCUGAGGUCAUACUUACCAUUUUUCUCCAGGAUUGCUUGCUAAUUUUUUGUCCUUAUUGUUUGAUACUGUUAUAUCUCUGCUAUGAGCAUGUAUUUCAAGCUUUCCUUUUUUUGAUAUGCAUUUUUGCAUGUCAGUCGUGUGACCAUUCCUUCCACCAGAUAAUAUUGAAUGAAACCAUGUAGUAUGCACGCCACAACUAACCACUUCAAUCUGAUGCUUCACAUCUUCAUCUUCAUCUCUGAAGUACUGUGGUUAUGUGAAUUGAUGACAUUUCUUGAAAGAUAGGUAUUUCAGUUGAUAGGCAGAACAGUGAACCUAGGGAACUGUAUUUACAAAAAAACCUAAAGCAGUAUUAUGGAAAUUAUUGCAUAUAUGGUAUCACAUUUAGUUCUGCUAUUACCAUGGUUCUCAUUCAUUUUGUGAAUAACAUUUGAUGCUCUGUAAAUUCCUGGUUAGGAAAAAGGUUUCUCACUUGUUAUCAUCCUGUAUUUUCCCUUUGUGGACACUGUAAACAUCUUCUGUAUUGGAAGGGGGGCAGCUGUUUUCUGAUACUGCCAUCUGAAGCAUGUGCCAAUGUACUUCUGCUGAAAUGCUGUUCACUUGCAAUGUAUUUCUCAUUGAUUCAUGUGAACUAAAUUAAAUUGUCAUGUUAAUAAUA